ACUGUCCCGAUCUGCUUCCUUGAAUUGGGAGGAUGCCAGAGGCACAAAUUCAAGAAUUUGACCUCUCGAAAGCACGUUUGUGACCCUAAAAUUUAGGUCAAAUUGAGCGGUUUCAUUGAGAAAGGAUCGUGGGUGAUUCUAUUAUUCCGAAAAGGGUUUAUCGUGUUAACAGCGCGUGUUCGGUCUGCUCUGGUAUUUGUCGGCCUAUUGUCCUUACGUUACGACUCACCGCACCGCUUGUCAGCCUGCAAUCCAUUGUUAUUCGCUCCGCUACACAAUGGACGAGUCUGCACCGCUUCGCCGUUGCUAUGGUCCGUAACUACGAUCAACAGGUAUACCCUUAAACCCCUCCUUCAUACGGGACCCCAUGCGAAGCACGAAAUAUACACAACCCGUAUUUUGAGGGACAGCAUAUACAACGUGCACCGUCGAAAACAUAAGGAAUUAACUUAAAACUGGAUCUAAAUGCCAUUUUCUUCAAUUGAGGUGUAAACCCCUAAGUUUUUGGGACAAUCUGUCUCCAAGCCUCACUGAAGACCGAUAAUCCAGAAGGACGCCAUGACAAUGGUGCAUUCAAGAAGCGCAAUUCCUGGGACCAAGUCAAAGCGGCUUGGUCCAACUGCAGACCGAGCAAUAACGGGAGGCCAUCACAGAACAACCUCGGUCUUGAACCACGGCACUGUGACCCUCAGUGACAAGUCCAAGUACCAAGCCGGGCAGGACCUUCUGGUGACAAGAAGCGACUCCUACCUGAUCCGUCCUUCCGAGAAACUGGAUGACAUCUGGAAGCGGCCGCCACCCGAUUUCACCCUGCAGAGAUACAUGCCCAAACCGCCGAAACGUAACACGCGCGAAUCGAUGCAGCCUUGGCGCUGGGGAACCUUCCCCGGAGAGAAGAAGGUGGCCCAGACAACGACAGAGAAGCCAACGGUGACGCUACCUAAGAUCUUACAGCCACCGCGACCGAGGAGCAGGAAGAUCCUCACGAGGUUCAAUAUCCCAGACUCGGACCAAGCGAGGAAAGAAGCCGUAAAGACACUUGUACAUCCCAAGGAGAAGUUUGAGAAUCCUCAACUGCAUGACUUUAGACAGUAUCCGCCCCUCGGCCCUCUUGGUUUACCCGAGUUUUUAACAGCCAGCGACAAGGAUCCUUACAAUAUUAAGUUUAAAACAGAUAAUAUGGAUAUAGUGUAUGGUCUUCCUCCUCCACUUUCGGACCGGUUUAACGGUAUCCAGAUAGGCCGAGAUGUUCUAAAGCAACCUCCAAAAUUUGAACAACACUUACACCAUCCGAAGGGCAAGUGGCCGUCGCCGUCCGGAGAAUUCUCGCGAUAUCGAGCUCGCAAUCGAUCACCAACCACAGUUCUCAUGGACAACGUCGAGGAUACCCUUACUCAGAAGUGGGCGCUCGAGAAGCAGGAGCGUCUCCGGCGAAAGAAGGAGAGAGAAGAAGCGGAAAAGAAACUCAUAUUCGAAGAGAAGGUCGCCAAUGAAGUAGCCAAAGUGUCCAAGAAGACCAAGGACCUUGAGGCAAGGGACAAUGAGUUUGGUGCGUGGCAUGAUCACUUUCAUAUGAAGAACAGUCGAGGUCGUGGGGGAAGUCCGUAUAGCACGAUAUCUAGCGAUAUAUCGAGCGAUUUAUGAUGAUUGUUAGUAUGAAGAACAGUGAUGUUGUCGCGGUCGUGGAAAGUAGUGCGUAUAGUGCGAUAACCAGCAAUAUGAUGACCAUUAUCAACUAUAAUGAUGUCGAGGUGUUGCAAUUGCUUUAUUGGUCUGGGAAGUCUACAUAAUGCCUUUAAUCAAUGUCAAUGUUACCCUCUGAAAACUAGAGAUUCCCUCCUGUUCAAAAUGCUAGUCAAGACCAUCAUGAGUGGAGCGUUUCAUGGCAUGAUUUGUCGGACGAUAUAUUCGACAAGUCCUCUUUCACCCGACAGUUACAAUAGUAACGGUGCUCCUCAGCCAAUCAAAAUCAAGGAUUUUUUUUUUAACCAACAUAGUUGUCAGAUAAAAAUGUCGAUGAAACGUUCCCCUGAUUUGGCUCCUUCACCCGGAUCACAUACAUGUACACAAGGCGAUAGAUGAUUUCCACUUCAAGUUCGGUGUUUAUCUUUCGCUAUUGGUCAUUAUUUUAGGUCGUUUUUAUUCCAGUAUGCGCACCAAAUGUAAUAUAUAGAUGGUCCUCUGAUGAAGCUCACAAGGUGGUGAACUGUCAAUAAUGCUAUUUGAACCAUAUUUGUAAAAACUCAAAUUACGGGAUAUGAAGCUGGAGAAGACAAUCAAACUGUGCUUCCAACACCAGCAUCUAUUCUACACCGAACUUGAAAUCAACCGAUGCCGAUUAUAUAGAUUUGCAUGUGUUAGGAAUCAACAAUCUGUUAGCAGGGUAUGAUUAACUCCGGAUGAUUCGAACAAGCGUCAAUGUAAUCAUUUCAACGUACUUAGCGUAUGACGAGAGUUAAAUUUGCCUGCUCGCACCCAGGAGGUUCAAAUUUUAACCAACCUACCUAAAAAUUUAUGUUUGUUAAAAUAUGAACCUACCAACUGUUGGUUAAGAACAAAGCUGCAUGCAAAAUAUUUUUUUAACCAACAGCUUGUAGGUUUAUAUCUUAACCAACUAUCUGGUUGGUUAAAAGAGAUUCUGGGAGUGCAUUAACCUUGUUGCUGUAGCCGGACAAGUCACCUACCAUUAAACAAUGACUGGGGCCUAUCACACAAUGAUUGUAUGCAUGUGGCACGCACUUAUUUAUGACUCGGAAAGGCCUGUAAAUUUACUUCAAAACUAUGUAAACUUUGAUACAAAAUAAUCAUUACAAAUGUUUUGCAAAUGUGUGCAAUUUUGGCUUCAUUGAUAUGUUAUAUUGGAUAUUGUAUUUCUGUUUUUAUAAAAAGAAAAAAUAUCUGAAUGAUGCUUGUUAACAAUAUUAUCCCUUAACUAGCUUUGGGUCGCAUACGUUUCAUUGCCCAAACAUUGUUGGUCAUUAGAACUUUUGAUAAGUGAAAAUAGCUCAAUAUAUUUUGUUUCUCAUUGACCUAUAGUUGUCCAGGGAAUAGUUGCCGCACACAAGUCAUCAUUGAACACACAUGUGCCCAAAUUAAGCAAUCCUGAAAAUAAUUAAUCGAAUGCAGAGGUAAAUUUUGCUCAACUGUUGAAAAAAUAUGACCAACAAUUGACCAGCAUUUUAGUUACAUAAUCAAAUCGGUAUUACCCCGUAUCCUCUCAUCUGUGCAAUUUCCCAGAUUAAUUGCAAAUACGUAUUUUCAUCGUUUUCAUUAAUUAUUCAUCUAAAUGUAAAUUUAUGUUAUUUGAAUUGUAUGUAUAUACAGAGUAUACGAAUCUGAAAUAAAUUGGUGAAUGCCAAUGAAUCAAACAA